CCCCACAGGAGGAGGAGUCUCCCGCCAAGUGAAGCUUCAGCUAUAAAUUGAGCUCCCUGCACCGUUUCCGCCAGAUGCCUGGCCAGGCCGCCCCGCCGCUGGUGGGGGAAGAGGGUGGAGGGGCCCAGGGGGCCAGGGGGGCCACGGCCACCAUGCUCCGCUCCCUCUUGCUUCACUCCCUGAGGCUCUGCGCCCAGACGGCCUCGUGCCUCGUGCUCUUCCCGCGCUUCCUCGGGACGGCCUUCACGCUCUGGCUGCUCGACUUCCUGUGCAUUCGCAAGCAUUUUCUGGGUCGUAGGCGCCGGGGUGAGCCCGAACCUGAAGUAGAGCUCAACAGUGAUGGUGAGGAGGUGCCCCCCGACGACCCACCCAUCUGCGUGUCCGACGACAACCGCCUGUGCACCCUGGCGUCGCUGAAGGCGGUGUGGCACGGCCAGAAGUUGGAUUUCUUCAAGCAGGCGCACGAGGGCCGCCCGGCGCCCAACUCCCAAGUGGUCCUGCCCGAGGGCUUCCAGUACCAGCACAUCCUCGAUUUCGCGCAGGGAAACCGCCCGCUGGUGCUCAAUUUCGGCAGCUGCACCUGACCACCGUUCAUGGCGCGCGUGAGCGCCUUCCAGCGCCUGGUCACCAAGUACCAGCGUGACGUGGACUUUCUCAUCAUCUACAUCGAGGAGGCACACCCUUCCGACGGCUGGGUCACCACUGACACUCCCUACAGCAUCCCACAGCACCGGAGUCUGGAAGACCGGGUCCUCGCGGCUCGCGUGCUGCAGCAAAGCGUGCCGGGCUGCACGCUGGUCCUCGACACCAUGGCCAACUCCAGCAGCUCGGCCUAUGGCGCCUACUUCGAGCGCCUCUACGUCAUCCAGAGCGGCAUCGUCGUGUACCAGGGCGGCCGUGGUCCUGACGGCUACCAGGUCUCCGAGCUGCGUGCCUGGCUGGAGCGCUACGACCAGCAACUGCACAGCGCUCUGCCCGGUCCCGUGUAGGCAACCAGCGGGCCAGGGGCCACACGGGGUGGGCCCUGCCUUCGAGUUCUCGAAGACCACGUGCCAGCACUCCAAGCGAAGUCAGGUUUGGCGAGGGCCCAGUGAUACAGCUGUGCUGAGCCACGCCCUGCAGGCUGGGUCUGCACCCUCAGCAGAGCCACCUGAAGGCUCUCCCCCCCCCCGCACCCCCUACUCUGCUUCUGUGACUGUCCCUUACCUGCACCUGCCUGGCUGUCUCUGAAUCCCUCCCAAGUGUGCGUGCUGAGCCACCCUUCGUCUGUACGCCUGUGGACUUGUCCUGUAGAAGUUUCUGCGGUGUUCUCGCACACCUCCUCCCCAGAGAGAAGAGCCAGCACCUCUAGCCAGGCACAACAGCCCCCCCCAAAAGAGACUGGGGCUGCACCCUUGCACCCUGAGCUCAGCUGGGCGCCAGCUCUGCCCUGCAGCUCACCCUAGUUGCCUGGCACCCACACCUGUCGCGCUCUGCUCGGGCAUGCUCUGCCGCUUUGUGUUUGUGUCUUGUCCCUGAGGUGGGUGGGGGGGGGCUUGGGAUGGGGAAGGGUGGGCAGGGUCGUUUCCCCCUCCUUAUUUUGGGUGCUCUGGAGCCCCACUGCUGAUGACGAGCCGUCUCUAACUGGUCUUGACCACGAGCUGCUUCCGAAUUGCAGGGGGCUCACAGCAGAACCUGAAAACAGCGGGGGGGAAGUGCUCUGGGUUUCCAUGGGGAAACCGCCAUAAACUGGGUGGGGAAGGGGGGUUGGGGACUGCCUCCGGGCCGGAGGAUGGCUCACGAGGCACUAGUGAGGUGGUCCCUUUGCCCAAAUGACGAAGAAGAGGCUAGGACUCCCAGGAAACUGGGUUUGGGUGGCUGAGUGGGGGGCAGGAGUGGGGGGAAAGAGCUUGGGGACCCCAAGUGAGGGGCUGUCUAGGCAGCACUGCGGAUUGCAGGACCUGGAAGUGGGGGCCCCUGACUUGAAGGACAUUUGUUGAGUGUUUUGCUGGAAAUAUUCCCUGUAUAUAAACUUCUUUCAUGUUACAAUAAUAAAGGCUUGAAUUAA